UGUUAUUUUGAUGUUAUUAUUUCUAAUUUCUAGUCUUGGUAGGUACAUUCUACUCUUGUUGUGUACUAAAUUGCACCACACAGUUACUAAUUUUGUGUACAAAAAGUAAAGUAACUUUAGGGUUGAGUUGUUUUGUUACAUCUCUAUUGUAGACUGCCGAAAAUAUUACAAAAAGUGAUACGAAUGAAUUAAAAGCUACGCCAGUUUAAGUAACAAGGCGCAAACCAACAUGCAGCGGAGUCUACCUCAGAAUAAAGAAGCACUUCUUAAAUCGUACACUACAAGAUUAAAAGAAGAUGUCAAAAGCAUGUUAGAGAAUUUUGAAGAAAUAAUAAAAUUGGCAAAAGUAGAGAAUGAAUCUCAACUAAAUAGAAUGACGCAAAUAGAACAAGACACAUUUGAAAUGCAAGUCAGGGCUGCUAAUAUAGUCAGAGCUGGAGAAUCACUUAUGAAACUAGUAUCAGAUAUUAAACAGUAUUUAAUUCUCAAUGACUUUCCAUCAGUUAAUGAAGCCAUUACCCAAAAUUCAAAAUUGUUUCGUACAAAACAACAAGAGUGUGACCAGAAAUUAAUGUCUUUACGGGAUGAUAUUGCAGCAGAUUUAUAUGAUUUAGAAGAUGAAUAUUUUACCAGUAUUUAUAAGUAAAUGUUAAUUUUUUAUAUAAGCGAAAUGUUCUUGAAAGUGAAUCCUUUAUUUAAUUAGUUCUGUAUGUACUUAAAAUUAAUGAUCACUGUAAAUACCAAAUCUUUCACCUUUUACCAACAAUAAAAUAUAAGUUUGUAUUGCAUUAUUGAAACUAGUUGUAGCAUAAAUACUGAUCUUAAAUUGAGGUAUUCAUACAUCAUACAAGCUAUAACAUGACACAAUGUGAACUAGUAGUUGUUUUAUUUAUUAAUUUUAGUAUAAUUAUAAACAUACAUAUUAUAAUAAAAGAGAUUGUAAACAUUUUAAUUAUU